AUGUUCAUCACGAAGACGUUUCUCGUCAUCUUCUUCAUCACAAUUCUCUCGAAUGAGUUUCAAAGUCGACCGGAAAUUGACUGGUUUGAAAGUGCAUACCCGCACCUAUCUGAUUCAGAUAGCCCCCAUACAGCUUUGAUUAUCCAUUACAAGGGUGCACAUGACGCUGACGCAAUCAGAGACGAAUUAUUUGAAAAAAUUAUACAAACUAUGCCAAGUGCAUCCAUUGAAAUGAACGAUGAAGGUAUUGCGCUGAAGGAAUUUGAUUUUGGUAACGUAUCAAAAUUAUCCACUUCUCUGCUCUUCAUCUUCCAUACUGAAUAUUCUGGGGACAAUGUUCAAAUAUCCCGAGUCAUGCAUUCGCUAAACAAAUUGGCUGACUUUUCCGUGAACUGCUAUCUUCUUAUCAUAUUGAGAACAUCAUCAAAUUUGAACAGAAGACUGGAAGACAUUCUCCACAAGGCUUGGAAGAAGACUAUAAUGAACAUUGCGAUCGUCGAGAUUCGUGGGAUAAAUUGCAAUAGGUUGACCAAAUUAUCCACCGACAAUCAACAGUUUCAUGAUUGUGAAGGCAAAAAGUACAGUGCUUUCAGUAGAAUUUAUGACGACAGUCCAAAGCGAGUGAUAAUUCACCAGUUCAAUCCUUUUAUUAACACAUUCUAUCACAAGAAGUUUUCGACCAGAAGGAAACUAUUUCCAAAUUUUGCAAACAAUAUGCAUGGACAUGACCUGAAAGUACGUAUUAUUAAUCAACCACCAUUUGCUGCCGUCACAUGGAACGAAAAUAAUGAAAUGAAGAAAAUGUCAGGGCCGAAUAUUGUUCUGAUGCAGACUAUUACUGCGAAGUUGAACGCCACUCCUGUCAUUCUACCAAACCCUAAAAGUAUGGAAUUCUGGCUGAGCAACUUCACGGUUGAAGACUUGAUUAAUGAGAGUCUUAAUUCGGAUCUCACUGCGCAUUUAUGCGUUCGUUUUACUGGGCAUAUACUAGAGGAAUCUGUGAGAUCGCGGCACAUCAUAACUCAUGAGCUGGGUGUACUGAUGCCGAAAGAACGUGGGAUCAACAAAAUCACUCUCUAUUACGCUAUCGAAAGUACUGCUCUUAUAUUGGUCAUCAUGCUCACAAUUUGGUUCGCGGCAAUACUCCUGAAGUUUGAUAAGAAAUUUUUCGAGUUAUCCCGCAUUUUUCGCUUGAUACUCUCAAUUGGAGUGGAUUACCAGCCGACAAGAAGCUCUCAAAGAGUCUUAUUUCUCGUUGUCAUCAUGAUAGGAUUUAUGUACUCGAAUAAUAUUUACGCUUCAUUAACGAAUCUUGGUGUUGAUCCUCUGGUAGAAAAGGAGUAUAAAACAUUUGAAGAUAUUGAUAAUUCAGGUUUGAUACCAAUUAUCCGGGCUCCAGUAUUCAGAAAGACGUUCAACGAUGCUGUUGGGGCCAAACUGAAUUUGAAAAAGAAAAGUAUACAAGUGAUAGAUUCUUCAAACUGUCUACGAAUGGCAAUGGUGCAUCGUAAUGUUUGCUGUGUGCUGUUCAGGGCCGAGGCCGAGUUGUAUGAGCGGUUGAGUCACAGGAAAGAUAGUCAAUACCAAUUAAAAUUAUCAGAACCAAUUUUUUGGGCUAGCGAUGCAGCUUUCCGCUUCCGCCAGGGUUUGCCCGGCAAGAAGACUAUCAAUGAAGUUAUCGACAGAUGUAAUGAAGCCGGUCUCAUCAAUAAAUGGUAUUGGAACAUGGAAGGAUCAGCGGAUCCCAAUAAUAACACAAACGAUGAUUUACAUGCGCAGGAUAAUGCAGUGCAAACUCAACUACUCAUCCAACUGAUUGUGGUCAUUGCAUUCGGACAUUUACUCGCUACUCUUGUAUUCAUUGGGGAACUACUUGCUCAUCGCUUCAAGAAUUCUUCCAAGGGGAAGCGUAAGGUGCGGUUUUGUGUUUAUUGA